UCUUUCUACUCGACUUAGCGCUGCGCGCAUUGAGAUACACCAUUUAUAAUCCUUAUAUUUCGCGAUCCACAUCGCCUUGUAUUCCAACCAUUAUCUGUACUUGAUUGACGACCGCUGUUUCUAGCGACUUCGAUUCCUGUUGUUUCAUCACUUGGAAUUCGUCCAUUUGGGUGUUUGCUGAAUUGUGACCGGCAUACCGAGGGAGGCUAUUGUUUGUCUGGGUUGUUGGAAGUGUGCAGCAGUGCUGAAAGAGCAGAAACACAUGGCUAGUGGUGGAAAGUCCAAUGUUUGGUGACUAAAUGGUCCAGAUGGUCUACCUGAAAACGACAAACUUUUGCUGUGCGGCAGAAAAGAGCCACACAACAUGUUGCGCCUCUUGUCUUGGACAGGUUGUGACAAGGCCAGUACCCCAGAAAUGAGAAUGUUCGUCUCAAAUCAAGAGUCUCCAGGUUCUGGCGCGACCGCCAUGUCUUCCCCGCGCAAACGCAAGCACUCUGCUGAACCUUCCAGUCAGCCAGACAAGAAGCGAGCGAAACCUGCUGAAAGAAAGAGCGGCAAGCCCGCGCUCGCGACAGUGACUCCUCCCCGCGCCAGCCCUGCUGAACUACCAGUCCUCAAGCCGUCUACGAUCACGACUGAACCACCGUCCUCGCAGCCAUUACAGCCAGAUGUCAAGCUGGAGGAAUGUGAAGCGGGCCCAAAGCCAACAGAGAAUGAUUCGCUGCUGACGGGCGCGGGCGCACAACGUCUUCAGUCUGUACGCAACGUCAUUCAGACUCAAAUCGGCCUUGAAAUACUGCUCAAACAUAAAGAACUUCGCCUUAUCGACCAAGAAAUUGCAAAAUGUCAGGCCUCUUUAGAGCAACUCAGGCGAUGUAAGGAGAUCCCCUACCCUGGUACUCAACAUCUGUCCGCGGCCGUAAGCGAAGGCACUGGAUCAGCCUUGCGCAGCGCUUUCCCGACCCCUCUUCCUCAAUCUCCUGCUCCGUGGGCCGUCACAGACGGUCCAUAUUCUCGGCACUACGCCAAGUGGCUGCUCCCAGACACUCGCUUCGACGGUGGUGAGCCGGAUUCGUUAAGCGCUGUCAGUGCCGGAAAGAGUCCUCUCAAGUCAAGAUCGACAAGAGGAAGUUUCGAAAUGCCAUCAGUAUCGACCUCAGCACGUUCCAGCCGUGGAGGAAAGCUCAAGGCUUUACCAGCCGGCUACGGUCAACCAAAGGAAAAGGCUACAGGACCAAUGAUUGUCAAGCGCAAGUCGGACGGCUUGUCCGUGAAACUUGUGUGCCCAGACUGUGGUCGUCAUGAUUUCGGAAGCGCACAGGGAUUCAUCAAUCAUUGUCGUAUAGGUCAUGGCCGGAGCUUUGCAAGUCACGACGCCGCGGCAGAUGCUUGUGGAGAGCCUGUGGAGAUUGACGAGUCUGGAGCAGUGGUCGGAGCUGAGCCUGUUGCAACACCAACCGCGGUAAAUGUUCAUCCGCUUAUCCGUUCGGCGAAGCUAUUGCAACCGACGCCUCCAAGGACAUCUGCACAAUUGUCUGGCACAUCGGCCAAUGAUGGUCCAUCCGUUUCGAAAUCCAAACUAGUGUCACCUGAUUUUAAGGGUUCAGUUCUGACACCGAACCUGUCCGAUCUGGUCAAGAAUAGAGGUCUUGGUCUUGAUCUGCAAGAGAUGGUGGCUGAUGCAAAGACGAAGGUCGAAUUGCCUGACUCGGAUUCGGAGGACGAUGAUAUGGAUGUCGACGUUCCUAUGCAGGAUACUGCUAAAGGCCGCCAUCCUCAAGUCGCGGGAACCAAACAGCCAUCAAAGUCUAGCAAGUCUCCGAUGUCUUCACCAAUCUUGAGUUCUCAUACCCUACGAUCGUCCGCCAUCCCGCGACGAGGCUUGCCACAAUACGAUGGAGCUGACGACACACCCAUUCAUGAUCGGCCGCGGGGAAUGACUCUGCCCAUGACUCAGCCUACCGUGACCGACCUCCAACCUUCCGAUCCGUCUCCAACCAGUGAAUCCAACCAGGCGCCCAGUCUUGUUGAUGACGACGAGGAGUACGAAGCGCACUCACCGACCAGUAGUUCAGUCUCUGACGAGCACGAUGUUGGAGAGGUGGAAUUUGAGGUACAAGGCGACGAAGAUGAUGCUCGUAGCAUUGUGCUACGCGGGCCAGAGUUCCAGCCGAGUUGCGCCCAGGCAACCCGACCAUCUACUCAUGUCAGACGUCCGUCGGCGAUUCGAAGACAAGGCGAAGACCGUGAAGAAAAGCACGUCAGUUUCGUCAGCCCAAGUCCUGCGAGAGAGAUGCAAACAAGUCGACAGGGCGGAGACCGAAAGAAGCGGAAGGCUUAGUGCUUAGGAUGACGAGAGGUUCAAUUCUCUAGACUUCAUUUUCAAUCAAGACUUGGUGGUUCACACAGCAUCCUCGGAGUUUGGCAAGGGUUUGGAGACCGGUACCAGCGAUUUGCGGGUUCUUACACCAGCAACGAUCCUGGAUACUGGAGUAACUUGAGGAACCGGAAUGGGACGAUACGCCGAUACGGUGGUAUCAAGAUUGUGUUGUGUACAUACCUAGGUACUUUCAGGUGUCUGGGAUAUGCAGCCACUCCUGAGCAAGUUCUACGCUUGCAACCUCAAUACGAAAGACUCAGCUCUAUAUCAUAUGUCCUAUAACGUAGGAGAGUCCGUUGUCGCGAUGUUGAUGGACUGCUAUGAAUAUUCUCGGAUAGCCUUUGUCCGUGGUCUGUAUGGUGACAAGGCUGAACAAUCCUUACCACGAGUAGUAGUAAACCCCAUUUGCAUUGCGUCAGAUGUCUCUGGAACCGCCAAGGCCGAUCUCAACUCGCAAU